CCGGGCUCGCCGCAUGGCUCCGCCGCCCGCCGGGGCGCCGCCGGCCCGGGCCGCCGCUGCCAGUGACGGGGAGCCCCGGAGGGGAAAUGCAUCCUGAAUGGGGCUGAGGCCCCCUGCUCGGGAAUAUGCAGCCUCGGCACCGCGGAGGCAGCACCAGGGCAGCGGCCGGAGCGCGGCGGGAUGGUGGCAACCUUCAAGAUCGCCGUGCUGGGAGCCCAGGGCGUGGGCAAGAGCGCCAUAGUCCGGCAGUUCCUGUACAACGAGUUCAGCGAGGUCUGCGUGCCCACCACGGCCCGCCGCGUCUACCUGCCCGCCGUGGUCAUGAACGGCCACGUGCACGACCUGCAGAUCAUGGACUUUCCCCCCAUCACCGCCUUCCCUGUCAACACCCUGCAGCUUCGAGUACAUCAAAACCAUCCGCCAGCAGAUCCUGGAAACGAGGGUCAUCGGCACCUCGGAGACGCCCAUCAUCAUCGUGGGCAACAAGCGGGACCUGCAGCGGGGCCGGGUGAUCCCGCGCUGGAACGUCUCCAACCUGGUGAAAAAGACGUGGAAGUGCGGCUACAUCGAGUGCUCGGCCAAGUACAACUGGCACAUCCUGCUGCUCUUCAGCGAGCUCCUCAAGAGCGUGGGCUGUGCCCGCUGCAAGCACGUCCACACCACCAUCCGCUUCCAGGGCGCGCUGCGCAGGAACCGCUGCACCAUCAUGUGAGCCCCUGCCCGGGACCAUCAUGUGAGCCCCUGCCCGGGACCCCGGGGCCACCCUAACCCGGGGAUGGUUCUGCUGCACCAUCAUGUGAGCCCCUGCCCCGGGACCAUCAUGUGAGCCCCUGCCCGGGACCCUGGGGCCACCCUAACCCGGGGAUGGUUCUGCUGCACCAUCAUGUGAGCCCCAGCCCCAAGGUCCCGGGGCCACCCUAACCCGGGGAUGGUUCUGCUGCACCAUCAUGUGAGCCCCCAGCCCCAAGGUCCCGGGGCUGCCCAAACUCGGGGAUGGUUCUGCUCCCCGGGCAGUGGGAGCUGUGCUGGAGGCACCUCCAGGGUUGCUGAGGUGACAUUUGGGGACAGGGCACCUUGUGCCGGGGGUGGCCAGGCUGCCUGGGGAUAGUGAGGGGUGAGGGAUGGCCCUGAGCUCUCUCCAAGCCUCCAGAGCUUGAGGCCAGAGCCAUCCCAGGGGGUGUACACUGCUUUGGAGGGUGGAGGAGGUACCACCUCUGGGGUGCCCUCAGAGGGUGCCCAGAUUUUGGCUGUCAGUUCAUCCUUGCCAGCUUCUGCCCUGGCAGCACAGGGGCAGUGGCUGGUGCUGCUCGCCUGCCAUGGCCUGCUGCUGGAAGGGAAUUUUCCAGCGCCUGCAUCCCGAUGUUCUGGGCCUGGUUCUGUCUCUGGGAAUUCUGCUUUUCUCCUUGUGGAGCUGGGAUUUCUCCCUGAGGAGGGCAGAGCAGCCAGGUGACAUGGGCUGUCUUUUGGCUCAGUCAGGUCAGAUUUCCAGGCGGAAUUUCUGGAUGAAAGCAAGAAAGGGGGGAAAAAAAAUAAAUCCCAAUCCUGCCCCUGACAUCCUCAGGAGCUGGGCUCUGCCUUCCCAGGGCUCUGAGCUCCCCUCUGCCCCAGCACAGCCCCAGCACAGGAAGGCUUCUCCUCCCCCCAGCCUGUGAACACCAAAUAAUCUGGGAACACCCCUUGCUGGGCAGGUCACCCCUCUGCUACCUCUCGUCCUGGGCUCAGCAGGUGACCAGCUUUGCACAGCCCCACCCCAGCCCUUGGGGUGUCCCGGGCAGGUGGGCAGCCCCUGUGCCCCCUGUGCCCCCUGUGCCCCCUGUGCCCCUGGCAGUGCCACCAGGUCUGACCCUGCCGGGUUUUCCCACAGGGAUGUUGCCUCAGCAGCAACAGGGAUCGGGAGCAGCACUUCCAGCUGCAUUCCUGGGGUUCUUUUUCUCUCUCGUAUGUCCCUAAUAGGAAAUUGAGCCCCCCCCACCUUUUUAUUUUUUAAUUAUUAUUUUUUAAUCUUCUGGUUUGUGUUUGCACCAGAGCUGCAGCUCACCUGCAGGGUGGGUUGGCAAAGUCAGCCCCUGUUAGGAAAUGAUGAUGGAGUGGUGAAGGGUGAGCAAGGGGCCAAGAGGAUCGUGGUUUCCCCAUGGCUGAUCCUUGUGAGACACAGGGAAACACCAUCCUCACCUGCAGGAUUUAUGUCUGAUCCAUCCUCCGGCAAAACCAUCUUGGUGAUUCCUGCUGUCACGAGGAGCUGGAGGGGUUCAGCACUGCUCUGGGCAGCAGAACAGGACACCCAGCCCCCUCUGCCACCACAGCCAGGUGUCCAUGGCCCAGCAGCUCCACUGUGCUCGUGGAAUUGCUUCCCAUUAAAGGCAGCUCCAGCUGAGCUCCAGUGCCUCUCACUGCCCCACCCCUGUGCCAGGGCUGCGGGUACAUCCUGCUCCUCCCUCCCUGCUUGGGGAAUCAAACUCCUUGCUCCAAAAAUAAAAGGGAAAAAUGCGUAAAGGCAAUGGGGGGACACGGGCCCAUCUCAGCCAGGAAGGGCAGUGGCACUUGUCACCAUCCCUCGCCUUCAUGGCAAACCUGGCUCCCCUGUCCGAGCUCAUCCUGUCAGGAUAUUAACACGUGUAAGUCCAUUUAUCAAUCUCUGGCUAGAGCUUUAUCCCUCCAAAUUGUCUGAGAAGGAAAUUCCUUGGUAAAUGCUAAUAAGAAAGCAUUUAUGAAGUGCUCCGACACACACAUAUCAACGACUAAGCCAAUACAUUGUUUGUUAUAACCCUGUAGCCUGCAGUUUAUAGCACAAUUAGUUACAGGUUUUUAUAGCAUCUAUUUAGUAUUUUGAAGAAAAAAAAGAAAAAGGUUAUAAAUAUAAUUGUUAUAUUCUAUUGUACUUUAUAGACAGAGGAAGUUAUAUUAGUAAUAAUAACAACUCUCACUGCUUCGACAGCAUUUCCCAGCUCCCGGGAAAACGAGGGCUACAAAGAGCUACUUUCCCCAGAGCCCAGGAGGGGUAGGUGGUGCUGGUGGCACCCUGGGGCAGGCAGGGAAUCCCAGGCAGGAAGAUCCGAGGUGUCCAGGCGCAGGGAUUGGAGCAUGGCAGCAGCCACGAGCGCCCCGCGGCCCUACUCACACCUUACUACAGAUUUACCACUCACCCAACACCACCCUGCUCCUGCUGAGAGCAACCUGGGCCUGGCACAGGCUGGCAUGUCCCCACUGCUGUGCCCAGGGCAGUGCCAGGUCUCUGCCCCCGUGCUCAUGGAGGUGAUGCCUGGGUUCGGUUCGGUUUGGCCCCACAAGGAUGCUUCCCUCUCCCUCUCCUCCUCCUCCUGCCCCACUGAGCAUCCCAGUUGCCUGGACUUGGCUUCCCUUUCCCCCCUGGACUCCUUGUCGGAGAUUCCCGAGGUGUCUACGCCGCCUGUGACACCCUGCACCUCCUUCUUUGAAAUGGAAUUAAAAAUCAGGUCUGUCCCCUU